CGCACUGCUCGGGCCACGACCCUUGCAGCCAUUGCGUCGUUGCGAACAUCCGCUGCACGUACAUGCUCAGCGCCUCCCGAGCGUCGCCGCCGAAGCGCCAGCGCUCGUCGGACGACGAAGGCGAGGAGACCGCGAGGCCGAAUAAAAAGAAGAAGAGCAAGAAGAACACCAAGCUCCCGCCGCCGCCACCGCGCAAAGCCCCUACACAAGCCCUCGUCCGACGGCGUCCCUUCCUCUAUGUUCCCCCGGACGGUCGCUGCGACCACUGCCGCGCCGGUGGGGACCAGGGCCGGCCCUGCGACGCGGACCAUGCCGCCGAGAUCGAGUGCUCGCAGUGCACAAAGUACCGCAACCUCAUAGACCCGAACCACAUCUGCACGGCGCGUGGCGGCGAGUAUUGGCAGCGACGAUUCGCCAACUCGCGGCCGACGUACCCUAGCUACGACCUCGAAACGAGCUGCUGCGUGCGAUGCAAGGAGAAGCGCAACGAGAGCCGCCCAACUCUGUGUGACAUCGAUAACCGCGUCAAGGUCGGCUGCACGCCCUGCAGCGUCGACGGGGUCUUGUGCAAGGUGUACAACGAGGACAAGGCACUGGGCAUCUCGCAGCAGCUCGACGAGCCGGCCGACUACAUGUGGAACCGCCCGACGUUGGGCGACGGCGUCCUCAAACCCGGACAGAAGCCGUGGUGGCGGCACAUGUGCCGCGCUUGCUGCACGCAGCUCGGGCAGCGCAAGUGGGAAGCCUGCCAGUGGAUUCUGGACGUGCGGCUGGGCGAGUACAAGUGCAGCCGGUGCGUGGAAAAGGGGGUGGACUGCGUCGACCCCUGGACGGGGGAGCGGUUCGACACGCCGUAUCGGUACAACUGGACCGGGGACAAGAUAUUGACCAAGAACAAGUCGGCGGCCCGGGGGCGGCACCGGUGCACCAAUUGCCUCGCCAACGAGAUGCACUGUCGCGGCUACAACAACGAAGACGUCGCCUUCGCGUGCUCCAAGUGCUCCCUCUGGGGCCUGACGUGCCAGCUCCCCGAGCGUGACGGGUUGGUGCGCACGCUGCCGCACAUGGACCGGAAGAUGAUCGGGUAUUCGAGGGUCUCGACCGAUAAGGCGACAACGUUCAUCGGGUGCAAACCGUGCCGGGACAACGGCGACAACUGCGACCGCAAGCGGCCCUGCGACAGCUGCCACAACAAGGGGAGGGAAUGCGAUAAGUGGUCCAGUGGGAUGUGUAAGCGCGAGGGCGUCGUCGGCGGGGGGUCGCCGGACUAUUACAUGUCUCUUGGGUACGGGCCCAACGGCGUCGACAGCACGCGGUGGGACGUGCCGGAGCAGGAUCUCAUCGGACCGAACAAGCCCAAGCGUGCGGUGAUGAGCGCGUUGCCUCCACUUAUCCUGGGCGAAGGAGAGACCCUGUCGGCAUCGACGGAGGUCCAGAAGGCCGCGCCGCGCCCGUUCGGUACCGGCGUGGGCGAGAAGUACGACGAGUUCUUUAGCACCUUUUCGCAAAACUCCUUGAGUGCGCAAGGCACGAAGGCAGAUGCGUCGCUGUCCUCGUCUUCGUACAACGGUCUGAGUGGCCAAGCGUAUUUCGGUGACAACAAUGCCGCUUUUGAGGCACUCGGCAAUGGACAAAAGUACGAGCAAUGGCUGGGCGGCUUCAAUGCCCAGCAGGGCGGCCAAGCCAACGGGUACGAGGACUUCCCUCCGUUUCAAGGCCCGCCUCAGAACCGGGACGAGAUAGGGCAGAUUCUAGGCAGCGACUUGGACAAGUUCGUUGAGGACCUGCAGUCGAUGGGCCAAGGGGCCGAGGUCCCCAUUGAUCCGAAUGUCGCCAUGGACGUGGACAACGGCGUAGGCACGGAUAUGCAGGAGCAGAACCGGAUUGCCGGGGAUAUCAGACAGGCGAUGCACCUCUACGCGAGGGACAUGCGCUUCAUCUCGGUCGAGCUGCGCCAGUUCUCCAUCCCCGAAGUGUUUGACGUCCCGGAAUGGGCCAAGCCGGUCCAGCCCCCCCAGCGGGUGCUCCUACAACUGGAAGACAAUCCCUCGGCGCAGCCCCGUACGCCGUACCGGACGUCGUGGGACCCCCCUGCUUACGAGAAGCACCUCAGGGAGCUCCUCUCCAAGUGGAAGAGGCCCGCGCACAACGUCCUCUGCGACAUCCCCGACGAACCCGCCAACUUCGACGGCCCCGCGGGGGAGGAGACGCGCUGCGAGGAGAGCUGCCCACCCUGCGGCGCGCCGGUGCGCAACGGCGCGUCCUGCGAGAACCUCCAACACCUGAUCCGGCCGCAGCCGUACACGGUCUGCGAUGAGUGCGACAUGCGGGGCAAGAGGAACCUCUUCGAGGGGCCGAUGCCGCUGACGCGCGGCGAGUUCCUCAACAUGCGGGCUUACGCAUGCGAGGCCUGCGUGGUUACGGAGGAGGGCGCGGCGACGUUCGGCGGGGCAUGGAACAGGAACAGGCCGCCGAACCCGGUGACGGGGUGCCUCUGCGCGGCCAAGCUGCUCAACCGGCGGCUGUGCCAGCACCACCGCUACCGGCUGGCAACGACGAUGAUGGUGCAGUCCAUGUUCGUGGCCGAGUGGGCGGUGACCAACUUCGGCCCCGACAAGUGCCUGUUCUGCAAGGAGCAGCCGAGCAAGCUGGCCUUGGAAGGCGACUUCUCGAUCUCGCUGGUCUACCUGUGCCUCAACUGCCAGGCCGUCGUCUGCGAGCAAUUCGAGCGGGGCCUGCAACCCGGCGUGAGCGACUGGCUUGGCGGGGUCGAGCCGGUGUCGCUCUGGAAGCAAAACUGGGAGCCGAUGUCAAUCGAGUAGAGAGCCGACGGGGGCGGGGCAAGAUAGGGCGUCUGUCUGUCCAUGGUUUUCCACUUGUCCGUUUUCAAUCUUCAUUUCAUUUUCCUUUCUUUCCUACGGGAUUUCGUAUAAGGCCCGCAACUGGAUUAGUGAUGCCACACCCAGCGUGGCGGUGAAGCAGGCGGCGGGCGCAUUACCGGCGGGUUUCAAGCAAGGGUUGAAAGAAGAAAGCAUGGUUUCUGGCGUUUUCUCUUACUAUGUGGGAUGUUUCUGGGCCGAACGACGCCGUUGAGGCUGAACGCGAGGGGCUG